GUCAUCAUCUGGUUCUCUUCACGCUAAAAAAACAUUGGAGAUGAAGUACUUCAGAAAUGGACAAGAAUAAAAUUCACUGCUCACUGGAGGGGGAAGUUUUGCUAUGCAGAAUAACAUUCAAGAUCACCAGCACAUUCACAUUAAAAAAAAAACAUAUUGCUGUUCACUAUGUGGGAAGAGUUUUACCCGCCCAAAUAAUCUCAGACAACACAAACGGACUCACACAGGAGAGAAACCAUAUAACUGUUCACUAUGUGGGAAGAGUUUUUCCCACCUAAAUAAUCUUAAAAAACACAAACGGAUUCACACAGGAGAGAAACCUUAUUACUGUUCACAAUGUGGAAAAAGUUUUGCCCUACAGCAAACUCUUACAGAACACCAACGGAUUCACACAGGAGAGAAACCGUAUUACUGUUCACAAUGUGGGAAGAGUUUUGCCCAACAGAGUAAUCUCAGACAACACAAACGGAUUCACACAGGUGAGAAACCAUAUUACUGUUCACAUUGUGGGAAGAGUUUUGCCCAGAUGAGUUCUUACACAGAACACAAACGGAUUCACACAGGAGUGAAACCAUAUUGCUGUUCACAAUGUGAGAAGAGUUUUGCCCGCCGAAAUAAUCUUAAACAACACAAACGGAUUCACUCAGGAGAAAAACCAUAUUACUGUUCACAGUGUGGAAAGAGUUUUGCCCAGAAGCAUACUCUUACAGAACACCAACGGAUUCACACAGGGGAGAAACCGUAUUACUGUUCACAAUGUGGGAAGAGUUUUUCCCGACAGAGUAAUCUCAGACAACACAAACGGAUUCACACAGGGGAGAAACCAUAUUACUGUUCACAUUGUGGGAAGAGUUUUACCCAGAAGUGUACUCUCACAGAACACAAACGGAUUCACACAGGAGUGAAACCAUAUUACUGUUCACAGUGUGAGAAGAGUUUUGCCCACCGGAGUACACUUACAAAACACAAACAAAUUCACACAGGAGAGAAACCAUAUUACUGUUCACAAUGUGGGAAGAGUUUUACCCAGAAGUGUACUCUCACAGAACACAAACGGAUUCACACAGGAGAAAAACCAUAUCAAUGCUCAGAGUGUAAGAAAAGUUUUACGGAUAGUUCUUCUCUCAGAAAACAUAAACACAUUCACAAGAAAGAGCGGCAUUUCUGCUCACACUGUGGGAAGAGCUACAAACUCAAAAGUAGCUUAAAAAAUCAUGAGGUCCUUCACAAAGGAAAAUACCAUAUUACUCUUCGCAGUAUGGAAAGGGCUGUAUAGAACACCCACUAAUUCAUACAGAUGAAAAGCCUCAUGAGAGUUUUAAAGUGAGCAUUAAUCUCUAACUAAAUUGUCAUUCACACAGGAGAGAAGCUGUAUUUCUGCUCACCAUCUGUUAGAUUUGCUCUAAGUAGUCAACUUAAAUGCCAUCAGCUCAAACACAAAUGGGAUUAUACAUGCUAUUACACUGCUUAAAGACUAGCUCAAGGUUUUACAGUGCAUGUGAUCUCAGAAAUCAUUGGUAUGUUUACAAAUGAGGAACAGUAUUCUGCUUCUCACCUUACUGGAACUGAUGCGCAGUAAUCACACAUGGCAGAGGCACAACAUAACUGAAUUAUGGGGUCUUAUUUGAUUAGCUAUUCUAAUUGCAUUUCAUGUGGUUUAUGUGGUUUUGGAUAACAUGUUCACUAAUAGUUAAGAGUUGUUAAAAAAUAGCUUAUUUUGAUAGAUAUAUUUUCAGCCAUUAAUCAUUGAUAAAAUACAGAUUUUUGAAUGUAUGCCUAGUUUGAGAUAGGGACACAGGAGACAUGAUAAGCCUUGUUUGUCUACACAACUAUAAGAUGCUGGUUAAUAUAACAGCUCGCAGGAGAAAUUGAUCCAAGUGCUUUACUUAUUACAAUAUUUUGCAAGAAGUUGUGUGUGCACAACAGGUACAUAAACAUUACCAACAUAACCUUCUAGUGAUUUAUUAAUGUGACUUUUUGUUGUAUUAUUGUUCUUGUUCCUGUAAUAUUAUAUUGGGCUUAUGACUGAAGUCUGAAUUACAUCAUGCUCAUGUUGAAUGUAUCUACGUAAUUUAUUACCGUUCCAUGUUACCAAGACGAGGUUGAGUUCUUUUCUUCUCAGGGUUAGUUCUUGUUGAUAAAUCACCAUGCAAUGUAUUUUGUAUAUUGGGAGAAAGCCAAAAAUGUUCUAUUUACUCACUCACUCAUAUUGCUCACACAGUCUAUACCGCUUUAUCCUGUAUUCAGGGUCACAUAAGGAACCUUUCCCAGGAGACUUAGGUCAUGAGGUGGCGUACGCCCUGGACAGGGUGCCAAGCCAUCACAGGACACACACACACUAUGGGAAAUUUUGGAACGGUAAUUAGCCUAAUCUGCAGGUCCUUGGACUGUGGGUGGAAAACUGGGUACCCGGACGAAACCCACGGAGCACAGAGAGAACAUGCAAACUUGAUGCACGCAGAAAUGGGAAUCAAGUCUGGUCAGGAAUUGAACCUGGACCCUGGAGAUGCAAGGCGACAUUGCUAACCAC